AAUUUACCAACGAUGUUGUUUAACGUGGUGCGGCUUCAGGGUUAUUUAAUCAAUGGCUUUUAUUUUUAGAAUACCUAACAUUAAAGCUCAUUAACAUAUAGCCAUACGUAUAAAACAGACUUCACGACAUGAAUAAUCCUGAAAUGCCGUAUUUCCCUCAAGCAAACUACACUGGAAAUUCAAUACCAAAUACCAACUGGAAUGAUUUCUCGCAUAAAGACCCACUCAAGCAACAGCAUUUGUUUAGCAACAAUGAGGGUCUUUCAUGUACCCCACAAGCUAACAGGGGAUUAACACAAUCAACAACAGAUCUUUGUCAAUAUCCGGGUUAUCUGAAUACUCUUAAUUGUAUGGAAGGACGUAAUUCAAAUGAAUCCUUUCAGAAUUCCACACCAUCAUUCGGGUUAUUCACUAUUCCUUCAGAAGCUCAAAAUCAACAACUAAAUUGCUCGGUUCCACAGCUUGUAUCAACAACAACUGAUUAUGGUAUAAAUAGUCUACCUGUUACUACCAAUAAUACGAAUUUAGCGUACAUACCUACCACUAGGCCUACAUCAGAAGGUAACAUGUCCUGUUAUAUAUAUUUAAACCUCUAUUUACUUUAAAAUGUGUCAUUGACGUUCGUUGACAUAAGAUAGAUUUUAUUUAUUGCCCCCAUACGAUGCUGUUUACAAGAGGAUGGAAACAGACUGCUAAAGAAUCAUAUUUUUGCAAUGUACCUAAUUUCACCAUAUAGUGUAAAACAUAUCCGUAACUCAAAAAACUAGGUUUUAAUAGUAGGAUAAGUAGUUGAUCAAACGUCAAUUACGUGAUGAGAUGGUCGUGAAGAUUUAUCGCUCAAGUGCAUGCUUAUGCUGUACUAUAUGCUAAGUUUGUUUGUGCUAAAAUUUCAAUGUUAUUUCAAGCAGAAGUGUUUAUACAUGUGACACCUAACACAUAUUGGAUCAUAUAAGUUUAUAUUCACUUAAUUGCCUUGGUUCCAUGCAGGUUGGUGAUGUAAUCAAGUGUCACACUCAAGUCUGAUCCAUAGUCCAUUAUAUGGUUUGUUUUGCUUGUUGAGCUGUAUUGACAUUUUGAGAUUGAUGAAUUGUUUUAUGUUUCAGCUGGUCAGUUAAAUGUAUCUAAGCAAUCGCCUUUUUAUUUCUUCUGCAUGAUUCACUAAAUAUCCAUACAGGUUGUAAGGCCUCGAUUUCGUCCAAAGAUUGUCAUUUUGUACUUUAUUUCACGUUUUUUGUAAUACAGGUUUUCAUCCGCCUCGGUCGUAUGAAACAAAUCCAGAUUUGCAGUCUUUUCCAACCACAACUACUGUUUCCAAUUCACCUACACAACCAAAUAAUUUAUGUUCAUCCUUUCAUGCAAGUUCUUACUCGGAUUUUAAUGCAUCUAAUCAAUACAAUCCGUCGGUUUAUAAUCCAUUACAUUCACCUACUAUGGAAAAUAAUCAGGUUUAUACUUCGCUAGGUGGUUCCACUUCUGCGUGUGACUACACUGGUUAUUCUCAGCCUUUAAAAUUCGAGUGUCGUUCGCCUGUUCCGUUAAAUUCAGGUGGUCAUCCCACAUCAGAGUUUACCAAUAUGCAAGCAGUUUCUCAAGUUUAUGGUGAACAACAACAACAUUCAUCUCUUAAUCCUCAAUUCGAUAAACCUAGUCCCAUGUUGCCCCCAAAUCCAAGAACACUUACUCCUGGACAGAAGGUACUACCUUCCACAACAGCUUAUAAUAUGGACCCAUCUGUUAAAUUGCCUAGUCUCUACCCACCACGUGUCACGAAUGAGGCACAUGCAAUUUCUAAUUCUGUUGGAUCGUAUGGAAUGACUCCACCAUUACCUCCAGUUCCCAUGAUGACCAAUAAUACAACAUAUCAAAACCCACAACCACCUCUUCCAAGACCUGGAAAUACUAUACAGUCUACCAUACCUCGACAUACAGCUUAUGAACAAUCUAGUGUUUUUCGAACACCAGGAACUGCAGCGUCUAUAUCUGACUGGAGCAGUUUAAAAACACCAAUCAACCUCCUUCAAGAACGUUGUUUGUUACCAUCAGAUGGACCUGAUCUACCACCCAAACCUGCAUUGACUACUCCAAUUAAUUGUGAUCAAGACGUGAUGCGAUGUACGUUAACAAAUGUACCAUCAACUUCAAAACUUUUGACUCAGUGUCGUUUACCUCUUGGUCUUGUUAUGCAUCCGUUUCGAGAUAUGAGUAGUCUACACACUAUUAGUUCAACUACCAUAGUACGUUGUCGAUCUUGUCGUACUUAUAUCAACCCAUUCGUACAGUUUAUGGAUUCCGGUCGACGCUGGAGAUGUAGUGUUUGCUUUCUGGCUAAUACUAUCCCAGAUGAAUUUUACUAUGACCCUGGAACUCAAACUUAUGGUGACCCUUCUAGAAGACCUGAAAUUCGUUCUGCUACUGUAGAAUUUAUUGCACCUUCAGAAUAUACAGUACGUCCUCCUCAACCAGCUACUUACCUUUUCUGUUUUGAUGUUAGUCAUAAUGCGAUUGCUACUGGUUAUUUACAGCUUGCCUGCAAACGUUUAGAAGCGUUGAUUGAUCGGAUCCCAGGUGACUGCAGACGUCAAAUAGCCUUUAUGACCUUUAAUUCUAGUGUUCACUAUUACAAACUUUGCGGGGAAACUAUGAGAAUGUUAAUUUGUCCUGAUUUAGAGGAAAUAUUUCUACCUGAUGAUGAAGGUUUGAUUAAUAGAGUUGAAGAUUCAGCUGAUUCACUACGCGAUUUUCUUCUGCAUUUACCUGAAAAUUUUAUCGGUACAAAUGACACAGGAAAUUGUCUCGGAUCUGCUUUACAGGCUGCUCUGAAGUUGAUUGGUGCAGUAGGUGGUCGGAUAACCGUAUUCACUACUUGUCUACCAACAGUUGGUUCAGGUGCUCUCAGUUUGCGGGAAGAACCAUGUGAUCGGAGUUCAGUCGACGUGAAGCACUUGGGCCCAUCAACUGACUUCUAUAAAACAUAUGCUUUGGACUGUUCACAUAAACAGGUAGGAGUUGAUAUGUUUAUUUUCAAUUCUCAAUAUUGUGACAUUGCCACAAUAUCUGGAGCUAGUCGAUAUUCAAGUGGAACAGUUCAUCAUUAUCCAGACUUUUAUUAUACACCAGAUGAGGAUGAACCUAUAUUACACACUGAUGGUAAAACAAUUAAUGUUACGUCAGAUGAUAGUAAUAAACAAAAAAAUGUAUGUGUUGGAGUGGAACAAUUUCGUCGAGAUUUCGACCGGUAUUUAACCAGAAAACUUGGAUUUGAAGCUGUUAUGCGUAUUCGAUGUACUCAAGGUUUAGCUAUUCAGACUUUCCAUGGUUCAUGUUUUGUACGUUCUACGGACUUGAUUGCUUUACCAAAUGUGAGCCCUGAUUCUGGUUAUGCUGUCCAGUUAGAUUUAUCUGAAAACUUAGAAAAAUGUGCUACAGUCUGUUGCCAGGCUGCUGUGUUAUAUACUUCAUCUAAAGGUGAUCGUCGCAUUCGUGUCCAUACUUUGUGCUUACCAGUUGUACACACAGCAACUGAAGUAUUUCAAGGAGCAGAUCAAGGUGCAAUAGCUUGUCUUCUAAGUAAAAUGGCUGUUGAUCGAACUAUAUCUUCUGGUCUUUCAAACGCUAGAGAAGCUUUAGCGAAUGCUGUAGCAGAUGCUUUAUCAGCAUAUGCUACCACUUCUGGUAUUACACUUAAUAGUAACUCAACAGCUUACGGUCUACCUUGUCCACCGAAUCUACGACUACUUCCUUUGUAUAUUUGUGGUUUGCUUCGUUUUAAAGCUUUCAGAGUUGGAGUAAUAACACGUUUAGAUGAUAGAUCAGCUGCUCUAGAGCGAAUUAAAACUUCUCCUCCUACUGAUUUAUUAACUUUAAUGUAUCCAAAGUUAUAUGCCGUACAUCGUUUCGUUUCAAAACCUUUAUCUUCUCAUACAACCCUUGCACAAAAAGCUGCUAGUCUUCGUUUAGUUGAUCAUGAUGACGACCAACGUCCUUCUGAUUGUGAUGGAACAUCUUCUUCAAAUGGAAGUGAAAGUAAUUCAGAAGCUGAUCAAUUACCAUGUCAAUUACACUUAUCAGCUCAAUAUAUUACACGAUCUGGUGUAUUUUUACUGGAUACUGGUGAACUUUUAUUACUAUUAGUUGGCUGUGGUGAAGAUGUUUCUCCAGGAUCAAACAAUGAUUCUGACAUUUUACGUCAACUUCUUGGUAUUUCAUCACCACGUCAACUUCCUGCACAAGGUGGUCCUUUCAUAUUACCACCCAUUAAUUUAUCUAAUGAAAAACAAAAUACAAUUACUAAUGAUAAUACUUCUAUUCCAAUUGGUCGUCGUAGGUUAUCUGCUCUAAUAAACCUGAUUCGUAGACGUCGACCAAUUAAUAACGCUUUAAUUCUUAUGCGUCAUGAUUCAUCGUCAAAUCUGAGAUCACUUUUCCUAUCUUGUAUGGUUGAAGAUAAAACAGAAUCAGCUCCAUCGUAUCAGGAAUUCCUUCAAAUGAUUCAGAAUUUAAUCAGAACAUAAUUUUUAAAGUAUGUUUAUGUUAUUAUACUUUCUUUCCUUGUGAUAAUAUAUCUUAAAGGUUCAAUGAUGAUUAUGUAAAAAGGGAACGAAGUUGUUCAUCUCUUUUUUCUGGUGCCUUUAUAGUUGAAUAGUAGUAAUAAAUUAAUCGGCUUAUGCCUGAGUAUAGUGUAUUUUCUUCUUUUCAUUGAAUCCUUUUUUUUUAAAAAAAGAGAACAAAUUUUGUAAUCAGAUUAAUCAAUUUUAAAAACGAUUUCAACAUCACUAUGAUCUAUCAUUAACAAUUUCAUUGUUUUACAAAACCUGUUGAUUGUUUCACAUUUAUUUUCCCCUCUUUUUUUCUUUCGUUUCUUUCUGUGCUUUUUGUUGUUUUAUUUAUAUAUUUCAAAAAUGUGAAUAAUUAUUAAAAGUUCGAACCAAUUAACUAAUUAUGAUAAUAGAAAGAGAGCACUAUCUUUGAGAGUAAUUUAUAAUCGAUGAAUUAUUUAUCUGUUUAACUAAUCGAUCAAUUAUUACUAUCCAAAGUUAAAUUUAUUAUUCAACUUUUUUUUCUUUACUAAUAAUAUUUUUUUCUAAAAGAAAAUCAUUGUUUUUUUUUUCUUUACUACCAGUAUACUUAAUGAAGGUUAAGUAGAUUUUCUGUUCCCCUUAAACAUUUCCUUCUUGAAUUAAUUUUUGUUUUAACUUCCUAUUGUGUUAUGAUUUAACAUCUUUAUUUUAAUUGUUUCUCCUUAAACUCUAUGAAGAUCCACUUAUUGUGUUAUGGUGUAAUAAUUUAAUAUGUAUAUUUUGUGCUAAUGGUUUGAUUCAGUUCUGUUAAACUGUGAAAGCGCACAUACAUAACUAUUCGUUAUAUACAUGUAUUUAUUCAUGUU